UCAACAUAGAAAUAUAUGCCCAAUAUCUCUGCAAUCUAUUUUGGAACCCCCCUUUUCAAAAUCCUAUGUACGCCCAUGCAGGGGCGUAGGCUGGGGGGGGUUCGGACAAACCCCCCUGCCACUGAAGCAAAUGGUCCGCUUACAGUACUAAAAGAUACAGGUUUAUAAAUAUGGAGUGGUGGUGCAAAAACAAAAUAGAAAAAGGUCCACUUGGUUCAUAUUCGAACCCCCCGCCAGGUCCAGAUCAUGCUACGCCCCUGUACACAAGGGUUACUAGUUAUAGUAACACUGACUGCAAGGAGCUAGUUAAUCCUAAAAUACAUUACCACCCAAGUAUCAAUAAAAAUAGUUUUUAAGAUGAAAUUGUCUUCGGGUUAUAAAAGAACCCCCCAUCUCCCUCCUCAAUACCCUCUCUCUCCAGUCCAUCCACGUUGAGAAAACCUAAUCAAGACAGCCAACCUUUUAAACGUAAACCCGAAGAAAUUUAGCUGAGUAAUGUGAUACAUUUUCACACAAUAAAUAAGUUUGAACACCUGAAGAAUUUGUCGGCGCUUGAGUCUAGAGCUGAGAGAUAUACUGUAUAUACUGUGUGGUAUCGGUAUCGUACUAUCAUGUCAAUACUGAUUUACCGUACGGAGCAAAGUUCAAAAUACCGAAAUUUCCGUAUUGAAAAAUGUUUCCUGCUAUUUAGUAAAGCACGAACAAUAUAUCUGACAAAUGCAAAAUCAGACGAGAGCCUUGUGUCUGGAAUUUAAUUGUAUUUAGAGGAAAUUAGCGGGUGAGCCUUAACUCAGAUAUGCAUUUAAAGCCAAGUAUACCGAAAAUAUGGCUCAGUAUUGGUAUUGUGUCAAUACUGAAUACUGUACUGAUUCCAAGCCUGAAAUAUUUCAAGACCGCCCAGCUCUACAUAAGUUCUAUUUGAAUGGGGUUUUUUAAUCGAUAGUUUCUAUCAAAAAGUGGGUUUAAUUCCUCUUAUGAAUACAAAUCAUAAUUACUAAAUGUGUGACAUCCAAUAGCUGAUGAUUAAUUAAUCAGUGUGCUCCAGUGGUGUCAUUAAACAAAACAAAACAAACUCUAACACUAUAUAAACAUUACCAAAUGCUUGACAUCCAAUAGAUGAUGAUUAAUAAAUCAAUGUACUCUAGUGGUGGUGUUAAACAUUUUAUGACUCAGUCAACCCAUUCUCUUAUUCAGUUUUUUCCCAUCCCGACCAGUGCUCCAAAGACUGUGCUAUGUGCUGUCCUGUCGGAAUGUGCAUAUAAAAAAUCAGAUGCUGUUAAUGGAAACAUACAGUGGGUUUCCUUUCAAUUACCAAAUGUUAUCUAAACUAAAUUAAAAUUGAAAAUGUAAAUAUAUUUAGAAAUGUAAUUAAUGUAUUUUCAUGUUUUAGUUACAGGAUGAAUGUUGGCUGUGUGAUCGGAUCCAUUGUUAGUGGAGGGAAUUAAAUAAAUAACAUGAAGAUCAAGGUGGUUUUGGUUGAUCUGAGUGGAACUCUUCACAUUGAAAACACAGAAAUACCUGGAUCCAUUGAUGCUAUUAAAAGACUUCGAGAGAAGAAUGUGAACAUAAAGUUUGUCACAAACACCACCAAGGAGUCGAAGAGAAAUUUACUCAAAAGACUGAGUGAUAUUGGGUUCGCGAUUACUGGAGAUGAGAUUUUCACGUCACUUACAGCAGCUCGCGUUGCCGUGGAGACGCGUGGACUUCGACCUCUGUUACUGGUGGACGAGCGGGCGCUGGAAGAUUUUGAAGGUGUCUCUGUUGACAAUCCUAAUGCAGUUGUAAUUGGACUGGCUCCUGACGAGUUCAACUAUCAUUGUAUGAACGAAGCUUUCAGGUUGUUAGUGAACGGUGCGUCGCUGGUUGCUAUACACAAAGCUCGUUACUACAAAAGACAAGAUGGACUCGCGCUUGGCCCAGGUCCGUUUGUGGAGGCGUUGCAGUUUGCAGCUGAUGUUCCCGCCACUGUCGUGGGUAAACCAGAGUUGUCUUUCUUUACGUCGGCUGUGCGUGAGUUUGACUGUCAACCAGAUGAGUGUGUGAUGAUCGGAGACGAUGCCCGAGAUGACAUAGGUGGAGCUCAGAGCUGUGGGAUGCUGGGAAUCUUAGUAAAAACUGGUAAAUACAGACAGGGUGAUGAAAGCAAGAUCGAUCCACCUCCAUACAGAACAGUCGAUGAUUUUUCCAGUGCCAUCGAACACAUUAUUAAACAUUUGUUGUAAUAGGUUUUAUCGACAUACUUGGUAGGGGUACUGACAUUUCAUUUUUGUAUUGUAUGGAUAUGUAUUGUAUGUUGUAUUGUAUAUUGUGAUAUGGGUGUAUUAUGAUUGUGGAUGUGUAUUGUGAUGUGGGCAUGUAUUGUGAUAUGUGGCUGUGUAUUGCAUGAUGUGGAUGUUUAUUGUGAUGUGACAUUUGGAUGGUAUACCAUGACUGGUAUACUAAAGGCCGUGGUAUGUGCUAUCCUGUGUAGAUUGUAUAAAAGAUCCAUUGCUGCCAACUGAAACAGUGGAAGCAGCGGGUUUCCUUUCUCAUUAUGUUGUUUUCAACCCAUGCCAUACAACCACAUACAGUGAAACCUCUCAAACCAGACCCUCUAUAAACUGGAAUUCUCUUAAAACUAGACCCUCUAUAAACUGGAAUGCUCUCAAAACAAGACUCUCUAUAAACUGGAAUUCUCUCAAAACAAGCCCCUCUAGAAACCGGAAUUCUCUCAAUACAGACCCUCUUUAAAUCGGGAUUCUCUCAAAACAAGACCCUCUAUAAACCGGAAUUCUCUCAAAACGACCCUCUUUAAACCGGAAUUCUCUCAAAACAAGACCCUCUAUAAACUGGAAUUCUCUCAAAACAAGCCCCUCU